CUGUAUAUUAGGUAGCAAUUGCCCGAAAAUUGGUAAUCGUGAUGGCCACCGCCCCUCCCCAUACUCAGUAUGCAUAUGCCCUUAAGGCAAUUUUCCGUUACAAUAGUGAGGUGUGUGCCAUGCAUGACUAAAUACUUGCAUCGUGCCUUAGAAUUGAAAAAAGGUCAUUUUGUUGUAUUUGGUCACAACGAUACUGCGGUUGCAAUACGGGUCAUGCAUACAGCCAUUCAAGACCGAAACAAGUGGUGUAGGCUUGUUAUCAUUGUUUGUCGUAGUGAAGGCUACGGUGACGUUUAGUAAAAAUGAAAUUAUUUUGAGGAUUCGUGAAUAAGCGUUCCAACGAUUCAAUUUGAAUUCAACAUCAAAUUAGGGCGUCACACUGAAUCAAACAUAAUACGGAAAGUAUAUCAUAUCAUAUUCUAAUUGAUGAUUCUGAAGAACUGAACUUUCUCUAGUAGUAGUCAUGGCAAUGGAAAUGGACGCCAUGAAUUUAGAGGCCAGACCAAAGCCAUUGACCAAGGAAUCCUCAAGGACCUGGUUCUGUUAUAAUCCUGCAAUCAUACAUGCUCGUCUCUUCACGAGGUUUCCGUUUAUCAUGAUUCUCCUCCAAGUCAUAAUGAUCGUUCUUCUAACCUUCCUAACUGUUUACAUCCAUGGACCACCAACAUUUGAAGAUGCUUCCAGUGGGAUCGAAGCUCGUGGAACACCCAUCCAUGAUCGCAUCAUUCCACUUGAAAGCUUUCAACGUGGGGACGUCGUUUUCUCUCCAACUCCGAACCUGUCGUUGAAUCUAGUAUUGAAUCUCAGUGACACCGCUUCGACCACGGACUCAACAACGGUUUAUACCGCAGGGACGCCCUCAAUACCUAUAUGUGGCAAUCCAAUGACUGCAGGUGCAAGUAGCUUCAGAGCUGUAUACGCGCCAUCCUCUUCCGCAGUGGAACUCUUAACGCUCGACUCCCUUCUGUCAAUGUGCCAGCAGGAUGAUACAUUUGUACGUAACAGUUCAACAUUCAAGACAGUAUGCACAAAGCAAUCUGAUUCCUCAUCCCAAUGCUGCCCUUCUUGGUCCAUCCCAAACUACAUCAGCGCCCUCAACGGGAGGUCUUCCUGUUACGACCUGACGGCUGAGGACAUUGCCUUCGCGAGGUUGCUUCUGUUGGAGUGUGCCCCAUAUUACACUUCUGGUGCGUUAUCCGCCGAGUGUGGAUCAGGUACUAACUGCACAGGGGUGCCUUCAAACUGCACGACUUACAACGCCAUCUACUUCAUGUUCUUUGCGAACUCACCGAGUGACUUUUCAAUCCAGGUUGCAGAGACCGGUGACCUUACCUUGACUACAUCCUUACAGAUCGUAUCGUUGAACCCCUUAGUAGCUGCUGGAGAUCGCACGCUCUACAAUGACGCGGUAAAUAGACGCAACGUGGACAAUGGUAUCACUAAGAUUGAAGCAAUUGGUACGAACAGACUCGCUAAAUACUUCCUCAUAUCAGAACCACUUAUGCAGGAUCUAAUUUACGCUGGAGUAGGAGGUGCGAUUAUGAUCCUGCUAAUAUGGGUGUAUUUGAGUUCACUUUUCAUUGCAAUCAUGGUGAUCUUUGAGAUCAUAUUUUCUGUGGCGUUGGCCUACUUCUUCUAUUAUGUUGUGUUCCGGCUCACCUUUUUUGCAUUUGGAAACAUGCUUGCUAUCGUGCUGAUAUUGGGGGUGGGAGCGGAUGAUGCUUUUAUCUUCUAUGACAUAUUUGAAAAUACGCGGAGAAAGCAUCCAGAUGCCAAACAAGAGUUCAUCUUGGUGGAAACAAUGAAGCAUGCCUUUCCUACCAUGUUUGUCACAAGUCUCACCACAGCCUCUGCUUUGUUUGUCAAUGUUGCCAGCUCCGUAACAAAUAUUCGCCUCUACGGCAUUUAUUCUGGGACAGUGGUGUUGUGUAAUUUCCUAUUUACAAUGACCUGGUCUCCAGCAACUGCCAUCAUCUAUGAUAGGCAUCUAAGGCUUCUAUUCCAGGCAUCAUCUGCUAGCAAGGAAAGACGUUUUCAUAAAAUGAGGAAUCACUGGCACACGUUGCGGAAUUUCCUUCGGCGUAUCUUUGAAGUGUACCUUCCGAUGCUUGCAUUCAAACUUCGUUGUCUUUGGAUUCUUCUUUUUACUGGUUUAUCCAUUGGCGCUCUCAUGGUGGUAUUCUGGAAACCUCAACUAAGGGCAUCCACUGCAAACACAGAGUUCCAAAUCUUUACAUUGAAACAUCCUCUUGAGAGGUAUGACCAGGUGUUUAGAUCAACAUUCGAUAUAGAGAGAGCAAAGUUGACACCUUUACCGUUCAUUGUUGUCUGGGGUACUGUUCCUGUUGAUAAUGGAGACCCCUUCGAUCCAGGUAGUCGGGGACACGUUCAGUUGGAUGAUUCCUUUAAUCUUGACGACCCUGAAUCUCAGGUCUGGUUACUCGAUUUCUGUUCGGAAGUACGGCAGCAAGGGUUUUAUAACUCACCAUCGGUUGUUUAUGAAGACUGCUUUAUUGAAAAGAUGAAGAUUUUCAUGGAAACUCCAUGUAUUCCUUCCAGCAUUGGAACUGAUCUCUCGCCCUGUUGCGGUCAGACAUCUUUUCCAUAUUCAGCGGACUUAUUGAAAUUGUGCGCGCCAAAGUACGCGGCGUACACCUGUGAAUUCAUCAGUGGUGGCUGUCCUACAGCUAUUCCAGGUUUCCGAUUCGACUCAGAAAACAACAUCAAUGCCUUCCUUAUACAGUUCCAGAGCACAGCAAUUUCACAGUUGGAGUUCGCUCCUGCCAAGGAAUACUACGACACAGCUCUUGCUUGGGUCGAGGAAAAGGUAAAAACGGCACCCGUUGGCUUACAAGGCGGCUGGUUUGGAACAUUAAGUUUGGCUCAACCAUUUUACGUGGAUCUUAUCAUCCAGCUCAAGCGAGACACGCCUCUUGCACUUGGUUUAUCCCUGAUCAUCGCUAUGAUAGUUUUGCUCAUCACUAACAGGAACGUUCUAAUUGCCUUCUACGCUGCAUUGUCUAUCGGUGGUUCUGUAGUCACGUCGGUGGCCAUCUUUGUUUUGAUUGGAUGGGAGCUCAAAGUCUUCGAGUCUGUUUUGAUCAUCCUCACAGUCGGUCUAGCCACUGAUUUUACCAUUCAUUACGGGGUCGCCUACCGACUAGCACCGCAUGACGACCGGCGGAAUCGGGCUCAAUACUCUUUAUCAACCCUAGCUUCUGCAAACACCAUGGCUGCCUUGUCCAGUUUUAUGAUAGGAGCCAUGAUGCUACCAGCUAAUGUCUUGAUAUUCUAUCAACUCGGGAUCGCACUAGAAGUUGUCAUCGCCGUAAGUUGGUCAUUUGGAACCUUCUUCUUUUUGCCACUUUGCUACGUAUCCGGGCCACAGGGAACAUGUUGCCUUAUUUACUGUUGCUGUCGAAAAUCAAAAGUUGACGUUGACAGUGGUAGAAGCAACGAGAACAGCGGAAAUUCCUUGCAUGACAUGAAAGAUAUCUAAAAGAUAUCGUGUAAAUUAUUCUUCUAUCAUGAUGGCUACUUCAAUAGUAUCAGAUUUUAAAAAGAAUCUUUCAAUUCAAAUUCAGGAAUAAUAGAGUAAAUUAAUGGGGAAGGAAAGCGGGUCAUCAAGUAGGAAGUGUAGAGUAAGUUGAAAGUGUAACGUUUUCAAUUCUUUCCUUUUAAAUGAUAGAACAGUUGGUAAAUUUGCAAUGAAACCUACGUCAUUUGUUGUAGUUUGUCUGUAUGUUUGUUGUAAAUGAUUGUUUCUCUAAAAGAGCCAUUAUUAUUCAAUAUCAUCCUCUGAGGCUUAUUUCACAAAAUGUAUAUCAUUUCAUUGCAUAGCGAUAUUUGUGUUCGUCUAUGACUGUAAUCGACUGUACAGCUGAAACAGAAUGUUAUAUGUUUACACUAUUUUAAGAUGGUGCUGAAGUAGAAUAUUAUUUCUAAUUGUCCUUUCGUUCCAUUUUUCAAUUUGGUUUGCAUUUUGUAAAGUAUAGUUAUUCAUAUAUAUGUCACAAUAUUUAGCAUUACUGCAAUGGUCAAUUCAAUUAGUUGUACCAUAGAUCAUGUACAAUAUUAGAGUGUGCAAGGGAAAAAUUGAGAGUUGUGUAUACCAUCUU